UUCGUUCCUAGGUUGACGUCACGCGGGAGAUGGCGUCCGGCUUCAGCCGCUGAGUUGAGAAGGGGGGGCGCGAGGCGAGGGAGACAGACGGGCCGCACGCAGACACUGCGGCUGCCGGCAACUUUUUUACUUUAUUUUUUAUUUUUAUUUCCAUUUAUAAUCAAAACUACCCUAAUUCAUUCACCAAACUUUUUGUUACUCUGUCCACCUUGUAUAGAAGGAGGCGAGGUCACCAGUUGCGUUAUCCUGUCCGGAGCGAGAAACGGAGAUUGAAGAUUUCGUCCUAGUUUUUAGCAGGGACUCGACUCCCUGUCAACAGUUGUUCAACUUUUACUGUUUUUUCCCCUUUUCGCUUUAAACUUUGUUAUACUCCGCGAAUCCGAGAAAUAGUUUUUUUAAAGAACCAUUUUGGCUUUAGCAAAGUAUUAUUUGCGAGGAUUGUUUUAUUUUUUAAGGACAGAGCGCCCCCACCCAACUUUUUCCUUUUUACUACCCUCUGCACCCCCUCAAAGGCUGGCAUUGCCGUGUCCCGUCCGUCCGAAUCUGAUGAGAGGGGGUCAAUACCAGGUCGCGGAAAGGGGGAAUAGUAAUAAGUAAACUUUUUGUUUUCUAUAUUUAAUUCUGGUUAGAUGUGUUCAAUUAACAGUACUGGACAUGUGCAUUAUUAAACCGGAUUGAGUGUCGGAAGAAAAGUCAAACAAAAGAGGCUGUCCUCCAUUUCUGAGAAGGUCUUCAUCAUCACGACGCUCUGAUCGCCCCGCCCCAUGACCAAGAUGGCCUCCGCCUCUGUGAAGGUGGCGGUGAGGGUCCGGCCCUUCAACUCCCGCGAAACCAGCCGCGAUGCCAAGUGUGUGAUCCAGAUGCAGGGCAGCUCCACCUGCAUCUCAAACCCCAAGCAACCCAAAGAUGCGGCCAAGAACUUCACGUUUGACUACUCGUACUGGUCACACACAACGCCCGAGGACCCAAGCUUUGUCUCGCAGCGGCAGGUGUACUUGGACAUAGGGGAGGAGAUGCUGCUGCACGCCUUUGAAGGCUACAACGUCUGCAUCUUUGCCUAUGGGCAGACUGGCGCUGGCAAGUCCUACACAAUGAUGGGCAAACAGGAGCCUGGCCAGCAGGGCAUCAUCCCACAGCUUUGUGAAGAUCUAUUCAAACGCACAUUGGACAACGCCAGCCCAGACUUGUCUUUCUCUGUGGAGGUGUCAUACAUGGAGAUUUACUGCGAGCGCGUACGUGACCUGCUCAACCCCAAAAGCAAGAGCUCCCUGAGGGUGAGAGAGCACCCCAUCAUGGGCCCCUAUGUGGAGGACCUCUCCAAGCUGGCUGUUACCAACUUCAACGACAUCGCCGACCUCAUGGACUGUGGCAACAAGGCCAGGACGGUGGCGGCGACCAACAUGAACGAGACGAGCAGCCGUUCUCACGCCGUCUUCACCAUCGUCUUCACCCAGCGGAGACACGACCAGAUGACCAAUCUGGACACGGAGAAGGUCAGUAAGAUUAGUCUUGUGGACCUGGCUGGAAGCGAGAGAGCCGAUUCUUCGGGGGCAAAGGGCAUGAGGUUAAAGGAAGGAGCCAACAUCAACAAAUCCCUGACCACGCUGGGGAAGGUCAUCUCUGCACUGGCUGAAAUGCAAAGCAGCAAGAAAAGGAAGUCUGACUUCAUCCCCUACAGAGACUCUGUGUUGACCUGGCUCCUGAAGGAGAACUUGGGUGGAAACUCUCGCACAGCCAUGAUCGCAGCCCUCAGCCCAGCAGACAUUAACUACGAGGAAACCCUGAGCACUCUGAGGUACGCCGACCGGGCGAAACAGAUCCGCUGCAACGCGGUGAUCAACGAGGACCCCAACGCCCGGCUGAUCCGCGAGCUGAAGGAGGAGGUGAACCGGCUGAGGGACCUGCUCUUCUCCCAGGGCCUGAGCACCGAGCUGAUCACUGCCGCCGGCAACGAGGUGAACAAUAACCGCGUGACGGGCGGGGGCGGGGCCGCGGGAGCCCCUCCCCUCGGCCCCGCGAUGGCUGGCGAUCAGGCCCCGCCCUCCCAGCAGCCCCCCGCCCCCGGGUCAGACCCCGCCCCCGGCUCUGACCACGCCCCCGGCUCUGACCCCAGCGCUGCCGACGUAGCCCUCACCCCGGAGGACGAGUUCGCCGCCCCGGAGGAGCCAAUCAGCAAGGAGGAGGCCGUGGAGCGGCUGAAGGAAACGGAGAAGAUCAUCGCGGAGCUGAACGAGACGUGGGAGGAGAAGCUGAGGAAGACCGAGUCCAUUCGGCUGGACAGGGAGUCCCUGCUGGCGGAGAUGGGAGUGUCCAUAAAGGAAGAUGGAGGGACGGUGGGAGUCUUCUCUCCCAAAGGGACGCCCCACCUGGUGAACCUGAACGAGGACCCGCUGAUGUCAGAGUGCCUGCUGUACUACAUCAAGGAGGGCGUGACCAGGGUGGGACAGAAGGACGUGGACAUCCGGCUGAGCGGCCAGUUCAUCAAAGAACAGCACUGCAUCUUCUACAGCCAGGCCAACGACAGCGGAGAGGUGGACGUGACGCUGGAGCCCCUGGAGGGAGCGGAGACCUACGUCAACGGGAAGCAGAUCACCGAGCCCCUGGUGCUCAAGCAAGGUAACCGCAUCGUCAUGGGGAAGAACCACGUGUUCCGCUUCAACCACCCGGAGCAGGCCCGGCUGGAGCGCGAGCGCAGCGCCAGCAUGGACCAGCAGGGGGAGACGGUGGACUGGAACUACGCCCAGAAGGAGCUGCUGGAGAAACAGGGUAUCGAUAUCAAACUGGAGAUGGAGAAGAGGCUGCAGGACAUGGAGACUCAGUACCGCAAAGAGAAGGAGGACGCUGACUUACUACUGGAGCAACACAGACUGUACGCCGACUCGGACAGCGGGGACGACUCAGACAAGCGCUCCUGUGAGGAGAGCUGGAGGCUCAUCUCCUCCCUCAGAGAGAAGCUGCCGGCCAACAAGGUGCAGUGCAUAGUGAAGCGCUGCGGGCUCCCCAGCAGCGGUAAGAAGCGCGAGCCCCUGCGGGUCUACCAGAUCCCCCAGCGCCGGCGCAUCAGCAAGGACCCCAAGCGCCUGACGCUGGCCGACCUGAAGAUGCAGGCGGUGAAGGAGAUCUGCUACGAGGUGGCGCUGGGCGACUUCCGCCACUCGCGGCAGGAGAUCGAGGCCCUGGCCAUCGUCAAGAUGAAGGAGCUGUGCCGCAUGUACGCCAAGCGCGACGCGCAGGAGCGCGACACCUGGCGCAGCGUGGCGCAGGACGUCUGGGACACGGUGGGCAUCGGCGAGGAGCGCGGCCCGGGCGAGGAGGGCGGCGGGGGGAACGGCGGGGCGGGGGGGGGGGGGGGCGGGGGCGAGGGCGAGGGGGGCAAGGCCGGCGUGUACGACCUGAAGGCCCACAUCGACAAGCUGACGGACAUCCUGCAGGAGGUGAAGCUGCAGAACAACAUGAAGGACGAGGAGAUCCGCGCGCUGCGCGACCGCAUGGUGAAGAUGGAGAGCAUCAUCCCCGCCGUGGGCCAGCCGGACGAGGGCUCUCUGGAGGACUUCCUGCUGGAGAACGGGGAGGGGGGCGCGCCCCGGAGCGGGCCGGAGAGCGAGGACGGGCGCGGCUCGCAGGAGGACCUGCCGAAGGAGGUGCGCGUGAGCAAGCUGAUGGAGGAGGACCCGGCCUUCCGCAGGGGCCGGCUGCGCUGGCUGAAGCAGGAGCAGACACGCCUGCAGAACCUGCAGCAGCAGCAGAUCGCCAAGCGCCUGCGCCGCGGCGGGGCCGGUGGCGGGGCCGAGGGCGCGGCCGGGGGCGGGGCCGGGGCCGGGCCACACCUGCCCGGCACCGGUCGCUUCAUCCCGCCCCAGGACUGCAAGCUCAAGUUCCCCUUCAAGAGCAACCCCCAGCACCGCUACUCCUGGGGCCCCGCCACCGCCUUCAUGCUGGGGAUGGGGGGAGGCGAGGAGGGCCAGGCGGAGGGAGGAGGAGGAAGUGAAGAUGGAGGAGAAGAAGGAGACGGGGGUGAGCAGGUGCAGGGAGACGGAGACGCACAGGGCCAGGCCAGUGGGAAAAACACGCCUUCGCCCCCGCCCCCUCCCUCCGCCCCCAACCCCAUGCCCUCGAUGCCCCUGCUGCCCCUCCCCUUCCCGCUGCCCAUGCACGUGCCCGUGAUCAUGAGCCCCGGCAGCCACCGCAUGCGCACGCCAAGCCCCCACCGGGCCUGGCAACAGCGCAGUUACAGCAACAGCAACCACGGCAACCACUUCCCCCAGCAACAGCAGCAGCAGCAGCAGCAGCCACGCAGGUACCGGAGAAACUCCUUGGAUGGCUCCACUGGCCCCAACAACCCGAACAACCACGGCAACCCCAACGGCUCCCCCAACGGCUCCAACCACCAGGGGCGGCCCCGUUACCGCCGGCAGUCCUCCAACCCCGGGCAGGAGAGGGAGGGGCACGCCCAGCCCCGGGACGGGGGCUACCCCGACCAGCGCAAGCCCGGCUACCACCAACACUACCACCACCCCUACUACAGCCAGCAGCCGCAGUACGGCCACCCGCGAGCAGGGGGGCGCUACCAGCCCAACGGAGACCCGCCCCCGCACCGCCACCACAGCCCCCAGGAGAGGCCCGGGGGAGGCGGGGGCUGGGGACCCAACCCCAAAUUCCAGGGCUACACCACCCCGCCGCGGAUGCGUCGGCAGUUCAGCGCCCCCGACCUGAAGAGCAGGGAGACGCCCGUCUGAGGGGGGGGGGCUGCUCUGCCGCCGCACGUCCACAGCGCUGGUCCUCUGGGGAGGACGCUCGAACCCCCCCGAUUAUGUCCCUGCACGGGCCACGUCCUUCUCCACCUGCCGUUAUUACUGUCCUUAUUCAUCCAGGUCCUGAUUACUGUGUGUGUCUUUCCCCCUCUGUUCCUCUCGGUGCUCCUUGCACAAAAACACACGUACACACACACGCACGUCUCUCUCUAUGUCUCUCCCUCUCUCCCGCUCUCUCUCUCUGUUUAGGGCCCAGCUGUGGCUCACAGUAAGGGCAUGGCUCACAUGGGAAGGUAGCUGUUGUAUUAAUUGGCAUUAAUGCUGGCCUGAAGAGGACAUGACAGUGUUUAUGUCUGUUUUAAGACCGAGCUGGUAAAGGAGUCAACAAGUGAGCAGGCCCUUCCAACGACACGUGGAAGAACUGCAUCCCCUUAGCGGGGGCAUUAAUGCUGAAUAAUGCAGGAGUACCAUGCUUUCAAAGGGCCUGUGGAGCACUACAGGGUUUACACUAGAGACACUAAUUUAAUACGGAAUUCUGAAAUCCUCAGUUAGGGUUAGGUUCAUCACUACACAAGAAUAAGGCUCCAGUGAAGACAGAGACAUGCUUCACAUGUGGAACGUCUCGGAACAAGAACUGGCAGUUACUCUGUCAACGCCCUGCGUUAGGGUCAGUGUUGAAAUGCACAGUGAGCAGAGGACAGUAAUCAUGUAUAGAAAAUGCUGGCCCUUAAAACUACAAAUCCCAUACAAACACACAACUUCCUUCCUCCCCGUUCUCAUUUCCCCAUGCCCUUGACAAUAACCGUUCAGAACCCUACAUUAUAUUUCACUCUAUGAAUUAAGUAGAGAGGACACACAGAAGAGCAGGUGUAUUUUGACAAAUGUAUUUUUUUCUUCCCCCCCCCCCCACGUGCACAGAUCAUAUAUAUAUAUAUAUAUAGCUAAUGAGUAUGGGAGACUGGUGUUUGCGUCUGUCGGAGUGCUGUGUCUGUAUAUGCGUUUGUGUGCGAUGUGCGAGUCUACCGCAAGCUGCUGUAGAAUGCUGUGGAGGGGAGGAAAUGGGGACGGGUGGGCAAAUUAACAUUUAGCUACUGAGACACCCAAAGAAAUGUUUGUCCUGUGUCGGAGGAACCUGGCCGUCCCCCCCCCCCCGAAAGGGGCGUGGCUACCCGGGUCGGCCUCGGCACCAGAGCGUACACGGUCUGUAAACUGUAACGUGAUGCUGUUUUACUCUUGAGUUGCUGUUGAUAUUUUAGGUUUUCUGUUUUUUUCUUUUGUUUUUUUAAGUUUUUUAGACUGAUGUUUGAGAGUGGCACAGCCUCCGCAGUGCUAUGGGAGGUCUAGACAUACUGUAUUUGGUGACAGUUAAAGAUGGGGGUGUUGGGUGGAGGUAAAAGGAAAAAAAAAGGGUGCCUUUCCAGCCCAGGUGUUUUUACAUCAUCGACCCCAUCAGUCAGUUCAGCUGCACACCCACAAGUGUCAUGUGUGACUGACCUCAACCCAUCAAAAGCACCUUGGGUUCCUUCACGACACUAAUGCCGUUAAGCUCGGAACGUUUCUGUUUGCUGUUAGAUGAAGUGUUUUGUUUUGUUUAGUUUUUUUGUUUUUUUUUAAUCCAUAAAUGAUUUCAUCACUAUUAGCUGUUCAUUUUUAUGUUGCUGGAUUGAAUUUGUGGGCUGAGGGUGUUGAUAAAUUAAGCAAUUUGUAAACCCUAUAUAUUUUUUCUUUUCUUUUUUUCAAAUGGAAAUGAAUUUGCGUCGAGUUUUAAGUCGUGUCUCAUAAUGGACAGGUGACGAAAGUGGCGAAGCUGAUCUGGAGAGGAAGAGGAGCAGCAGACUGACAGACGUGUGAGAGGGGGGGGGGCCUUUUACUGUGUGUCUGUGGUGUGCAUGUGGGUCCCCCCUCUCACAGCGGGGGCGUCGUGCUUUCAUUUUAUUGGUCAGAUUAACUGGAGCAGGACGCUGCUCGCCGUUACCUUAUUCUUUCCCCGUUUGGACACUACAAUGGGAGACACCGCGAGGAGAGGACUUCCCCUCUCAGUAAUGACCGACGUAUUCUUUAAGAGACGAUUAUCUCUGCCGUUUGCUUUCACUGCCAGCUGAAGGAAGAAUUGAGUAAGUAGAUAAUUGUUUGAGAGCGCAGCAGCGGUUACUGGUUAAGGUGGGAGGGGGUGUUGUAAGAAUGCAGAGAAACACUAGUCACAAGCCAAGUUAAACGUCUAUUUUAUGAAACCUCACAGAUGCUGGGGCAGUGGCGUUUUACACUGUCUGAAUGCAGCAGCCUGUGCUAUUCACUGACUGGUCUGAGGAGGUGUGAGCAGGCACAGGGCACCAGAGUGCUACUCUGCACAGGGAGCUGGCUAACUGUGCUCCGUUAGGCAGGAUGGCAGUGAGCGGCACAGUGCCGCACUGCACAAGCUAGGCCUUUGCUUCACCCGCGUGUGCGGAGUGGAAAACGUGCCGUUAUGGAGAGCAGUCUGAGCAGCAGAUGGCAAUGAUCUGUACCGGCAUCAGACACCAGGUUGAGACCGAGAGACCAUAGAUACACGGGGAAGUAGACACCAGGUUGAGACCUACAGACCGUAGAUACACAGGGAAGUAGAUGCGGGGUGUGAAAGUGGCUGUUGAGUAUAAUUUAAAUUCAGUUUUGUCUUUUCAAUUGAUUGAUGGCCCGCCAUGCAAUAUGACGUCAUGGUUUUUAGCUUGAAAUCAUGGGGUGUUUGUCAGUGUUACAGGAUAGUCCUCAUGGUGCCUUUUAAAUAGCAAAUCUUUGCCACCGAAGUGCAUCUGGCACAGGACGGGUUGGAAGAGGCUGGGAACGUGGUUGGAGAAGAAAGAUUUCAGUACUGAGGGCUGAGAGCGGAGCCCGUGCGAGCUCAAACAGCCCUGUGCAAUAGGGUUCUCAUUAGGUCUGUCAGUCAUCCCCGACAGAACCAGAGGCAGCCUGCAGGUCUGAAUGGAGCCAUUAGAGGGGUUUAUUAGGUGCACGCAUAAGCUGGAUAGCUGGUAGAAUGUGUCAGGCAAGGUUAGUUUAUUGGUCAGCGAACGUGAAAUGAAUCUGAAAGCGCGGCGUAUGGAGGAGAGGGGCUGAUGUGGGCGUUGACGCGAGGGCGUGAAAACUUCUUUAUUCACACCCGUGGGAGAACUUUUCUCUCCCAAGCUGCUCCAUGCAGGAGUAUUCUCUUUUAGAUAAUCUCUGUAAGAGUGCAGUUCCUUGCCCGUGUCAGGUUUGUGGAACUGAAAGUGAGUGCAGAGGCUUGAUUCAGGACCAGCGACAGGAGUGCAAGUCCUCCUGCUGUAGGAGAGGUUUUACUUUAGGAACACACACACUGAGUCCCCGUUAGUCACAGAUGUCAGGAACGAUGGAGUAAGUCUCGGUUAAACCACAGCAAUGAAAGGCGAGCUAGACUUCGCAUUUAUGUCCGAAUCCUCAAGUCAUAUUUUUCAUCCUCCUGGGGCUACUAAUCCUGUUAGCAUUUCAUCUUAAUUUAUACUUUAAUUACCUGCCUGGGUAGGCCUGGCAUCAAGAAUUUAUGGAUUAUUGUUUCCAACAACCUGGAAAGUCCCAUGGCCUCGUGAGUCACAUGGAUUAGACCGCAUAAGAGCUGAAAAAUGUAGCUUGCAGCAGCACAGCGAAGAAGUGUUCAGAAAAUCUCCACCACUGUGAAAUUCUAACCUGGGAACACACCCAUAGGGUCAGAGCUUUCUGUGACCCCAUGGUGUGCAUCUCUAGCAGGUUCAAUUCUGAACCAAGUCUCUGUGGGACAGGGAGGCUUUAAGAAGUGCCCAUUUUUUUAAUUCGACUGUGGAAUCAAGGAGGACUGUGUAACCACAGCCUGCCCAACCUGGCUGCUGAUGGCUCAGCUGGGAUUAUGUUACUCUAUUACACAGUAACUGGCUACUGGCCCUCAAACUAGCAUCCGGCAGAACCGAAUGAGAUGGACAGUGAGCUCCUUAAAGGCUCUACAAGGAUUUUAACAUUUACUUUUUGACUGGAUGAAAGAGGGUCCACUGGGAGUAGAGUAGUUUUUUUUUUUUUCUUUUUUCCCCCUCCAUCAAGAAUGCAAUUUUACUGAUCCGAUCAUUUGAACCAAAUGAGAGUGACUGGUUUGACUUGAGGCCAUGGGCUUGUGCUGUUACCAGGUGCAUGAGACGCACAGCUGAGACAAAAAAAAAAACAGGAGGAGAAAUAAAUGGAUGUGGGAAAACGUUCAGAAUUAAAUGGACUGCCCCACAUAAAAAUGCAAUUUCAUAGAUGCAAUGGAGGAAGGGCGUUAAUGUAUUGCUAUUAUGCAGUGAACGAAGUGAGUUUUCUUUUAAAUUUUCAGUUUUUUUUUUUUUUAAAACAUUUUUAUUUUAGGACAAUCUAUUACAGUGUGUUUCUGAAUUUCUGGGUUUGUGCUUUUUUUUCUUCCUUUGGAUUCUUCUUUCACUUUGCUUUUAUAUCUGUUUAACUUGCAGCACCCUAAUAUCUGCUUCGACCCCCAAUUUACCGUGUGUGCAUUUUCCAUGUUUUUUUAAUAUAUUAGUCUUCUCCAUUACCCAGUGUACCUCCAUGUUAUGAUCAUUUUGUGUCAUUGCUUUUCCAGUAAUUUCCCAUAAUGCUGUGGUGUCAGUGCUCCGCUCCCCCAGCGCAUGGGAAGCUGCUACGGAAACCGCCGUUUCCUUACUUUGUUCCCUGCCUGGGUGCUGACUGCCUGAGGGAUGCCUGUAACUGGGUUUUAAAGCAAAAUGAAAGGAUCACGUGAUCAGAAGAAGGAUUCAAGUGUAAAACCAGUUGCCUUGAUGGUUUUGGCUUCAGGUCUUUGAUUGAAAGCCUGGCUCGUGAUCGAACUGAAUCAUUUCUCCCUCUCAGUUCUGCGACGUUUUGAGCUCGUCUGCUCGCAGCCAUUUUGUUUUGGCGUUCCUAGACUAUGAAUGGAACCAGCGAACCCCACCUCCUUCCUGCCUAACCUGUACUAAGCCUUGAACCAGACCUCUCGUGGACAGAACCUACACAAAGUGGUCUCGCUCUCUUCAUUUUUUUAUUUUUUGUUUUAUUUUUUUUUAGUUGGCCUUUCACUUAUUUGUUUUUCUUGAUUGGGAAAGACUGGGAAAGGCACAACUGUAUAAGUUGAUGGUAACCCGAGCUUGAAAACAUGAAACUUAAAUAAAGGAAUAUAAAAAAUG